UAAAAACGUUGGCCCUGACUAUUAUUAUCUAGACGCUGGCUCAAUAUAAAUACGCAGGACUCGCACCACUGGAAAAAUGGUGGCUAUUGUUGUGUCCCUGGCGUCUACGCUUAUUGCUGUUACUUCACCUUCAUAUUCUUCCUCGUUCUUGACGAAAUUACGGUCUUCCCCAAGUCUGCGACUUUCUUUAGCAGUUACACCCCUGUGUUCUCGCAGAGGGAAGCUCAUGGCUCACACUCUUGCUCGGGCCACUCUCGGCCUCACUUUCCCUUCUGGCCUUGACGCCCCAAAGAUCUCUUUCGCUGUAAAAGACAUCGAUGUAACGGAAUGGAAAGGAGACCUACUUGCAGUUGGCGUCACAGAGAAAGAUUUGGCAAAAGAUGAGAACUCCAAGUUUCAAAAUUCAAUCUUGAAGAAUCUAGAUUCCCGUUUGGGUGGUCUCUUGGCUGAAGCCUCUUCUGAGGAAGACUUCACAGGAAAGUCUGGCCAGUCAACAGUUGUAAGGCUUCCAGGUCUUGGGUCAAAGAGGAUUGGCUUGUUUGGGCUUGGACAAUCUGCUUCAUCUACAGCAGCUUUCCGAGGUCUCGGGGAGGCUGCAGCAACAGCAGCAAAGGCUACUCAAGCAAGUGACCUUGCUAUUGUGCUUGCCUCUUCCGAGGGGCUUUCUGCAAAAUCUAACACAGCUUCUGCAAUAGCAUCUGGAACUGUGUUGGGGAUUUAUGAAGAUAGUAGGUAUAAAUCAGAGUCAAAGAAAUCAGCUCUAAAAUCUGUGGACAUUCUUGGUCUUGGAACUGGACCUGAAGUAGAGAAGAAGCUCAAGUAUGCCGAAGAUGUUACUUCUGGAAUAAUUUUUGGGAAAGAACUAGUUAACUCACCCGCCAAUGUUCUUACACCUGGGAAACUUGCUGAAGAGGCCUCAAAGAUUGCUUCCACGUACAGUGAUGUUCUAUCUGCAAAAAUAUUAAAUGAAGAGCAAUGCAAAGAACUGAAAAUGGGUUCUUAUUUGGCUGUUGCUGCAGCCUCAGCAAAUCCUCCACAUUUUAUUCACUUGAUUUACAAACCCCCGGGUGGACCUGCUAAGGUCAAAUUAGGGUUGGUUGGUAAAGGGCUGACCUUUGACAGUGGUGGCUACAACAUCAAGACAGGGCCUGGCUGUUCAAUUGAACUCAUGAAAUUUGAUAUGGGAGGUUCCGCAGCUGUAUUAGGUGCAGCAAAAGCCAUUGGCCAAAUCAAACCUCCUGGUGUAGAGGUUCAUUUCAUUGUUGCAGCUUGUGAGAACAUGAUAAGUGGAACAGGUGUGAGGCCUGGAGACAUUGUGACGGCAUCAAAUGGAAAGACAAUUGAGGUCAAUAACACUGAUGCUGAAGGUAGACUUACUCUGGCAGAUGCAUUGGUAUAUGCUUGUAACCAAGGUGUUGAGAAGAUUGUUGACCUGGCAACCUUAACUGGUGCCUGUGUAGUUGCUCUUGGACCCUCAAUAGCAGGUGUCUUUACACCUAGUGAUGACCUGGCAAAAGAGGUAUUUGCAGCUUCGGAGCUCAGUGGGGAGAAAUUUUGGAGGUUGCCAUUGGAGGAGAGUUAUUGGGAGUCGAUGAAAUCGGGAAUAGCUGAUAUGGUCAACACGGGUGGUCGUCCAGGUGGUUCAAUAAGUGCUGCUCUCUUCUUGAAACAGUUUGUUGAUGAAAAGGUUGAGUGGAUGCAUAUUGACAUGGCUGGGCCUGUUUGGAGUGACAAGAAGCGCACUGCUACAGGGUUUGGUGUUUCCACUCUGGUGGAGUGGGUUCUGAAAAACUCUGCUUAGGUGGCUGAAGCCUGAAGCAUCCAUCGGGAGAAAUAUUACAUCAGGAUCACCAGCUGAGGGAACAGAGGCAUUGUGAUGGGGUUCCUUGGUGCCACAACUUCCGUUCAUGAAUAAAAUGUGCAAAAAAAAAAAGGAAAGGUUAUGGAUCCAGGCAUGAUCUUUUUCCAGUUUUACUGAGAUGGGUUGCAGCUCCUUGAUAUCUUUCUUGGAAGGGUGUAUUUAAUUUCACGGACUGUAUGAUUAUUUGUUUUCCUAUCCCUAGAACACCCAAAAAAAAAAAAGAAGAAGAAAGCUUGGUGAGUAAAGAUGUAAUUUAUUCCCCUUAUCCUAGAAUAAAAAUGAAAAGAAGUGCUCUUGGUUACUUUUUGAAAGACAA